AUGGCCGAGACGCUGCUUGCUAUAGCCUUGGUCACAUCGUCAGCUAGGGGAAGCAGUCUGAUAUGCCACUGGCCGCCAUCUCCUCGAGCCUCUCCCCGACUGGCUCGCGCUCGGCCCAUGCUGAGUACUGACGCUGGACACUACGACAACCCUUGGCGCGCCGCGAACUUGUCUGACAUUCCGGGUGGACGUGAGACAGUGUACGGCCCCCUGAACAUCGACACGGGCGAUUGGGACUAUGUAUGGAAACGUCCCAACACGAUGCGCGAUCGGUACGAGUUCGACGAUACGCCAGAGGACACGCCGUUGAAGGGCGACUACGACGACUUUCUCGGUUACUCUUCUGCAUUCCUCGCCAGUAUCCUCUGCCCUCAGCCGGCCUUAUGCCACCAGAAGUUCGAGUUGGUGGUGGACGAUUUGUGCUUCAUCGGACACCCAGUAUGCUCCGAGCCGGACAAUGUCUGGAAGUUCAAACCAGACAAGUCUAAAGGGGACACGCGUGGCAGGGGCUCGAGAAAGAGGCGUGCGUCGGGCGAGGACCUUGCAUCGUCCGUAGAGCUCGAUCCGCACAAUGCUCCUGUAUUGGCAUUUCAACGAAGUUCUUGGCUGCAGACCUUCCACCUCGUCUUCGUCCUUGACUUGCCCGAUCCUUCUUCUUCCGCUUCAGGAAACAUUGAAAAAUAUUUCGACGUCAUAUACGAACAAGUUGCCUUCACUCUCACUGCCGUCCUGUUCCAGGAACAAGUGCUCUCAAAUUUUGUGGAGAUAGAAUGCGACGCUCUGGGACUCCUCAAAGACGACUAUACAGCAAAAGGAAUGUCAUUUGAGAGCUAUAUGGAGCAGGCUCUUCUCGUUUCGUCGAUCGCUCCCGCGAUGAAAAUCCUUUACGAAGCUAUCAAGUCACAUUCGCUCGCGCACAUCACAAUCCACAACCUCCCGCUCGAGCUCCAACUUCCACCCCAUCUUGACUCACUUCUUCACAGCGAGGAUGAUUUCGAGGCAAUCGAGCAGGCCUACCAUGGUGACGACUCGAGCCAAGACAGAAGUUCUUGGGCUCGCGAGCUGGGUUCUGCGUGGAGGCUCCCGAGAUUGGAGCCUUGGAAAAGCUUGCUUUUGUUAGACGGCCCAGGGAAGGAGUGGAUGGAUCUGGAUGCCAGCCUGCAGGCGUCAAGGGUGAACGAAGACGAUCGGAUGCUGGCGGACAAGUUGAUCACGUUUUUGAAGAUGGCCGACGUGACGCUGUCUCUCGCCGACAUGGGCACUCUCCUCGACUGGGAUCUUGAAUCUCAGGUCUUCCCUAUCGUGCGAUGGCUUGUCCAUCAUCGAAGAGCAAAGGUGGUUGACGUAGUGCAUCGAGGACUCAAGACCGUUUUUACUCUUCCUCUCAAGAUGGAGACGCCAAUUCUUGAGCUGUCCAAAGAAUUCCGCCGAGCGUUCUCAGACCCCUUCAUACCGCCUCUCCCUCAACUUCUGUCCACAAUCUCGACGUCCUCUUCUGCUCAAUUCUAUGCUGCUGUAGUCAAGUCGAAAGAGUUCCUCCCGGCCUACCAUCUCGUCGUCCAAUGGCUGCUCAAGAAGGACCUUUUGGUCACUUUGCACGUAUGGAUCAGGGUGGUCGCGACCCCUGCAGUCAAGGAAAGGACGCGGCGCAUGACCAAAGACAAGCAAUCUCCAAAGAAAAAGCGCGGGGAGGCGUCGAGUCCAGAAAAGGAGACCAUGGUCCAAGAAGACGAGCAGUCCGAAAGCGAGAGGGACAUGGACAUGAUCUUCGACUCUCCGAAGUGGAUGCCGCUGUCGCCAAAAGAUGCGCGCGAGGCUACGAGGUAUCCGUCGGCGUCACAAUAUAUAUUUCCGGACGACUUCUCGGGGCCUCCAGUCCUUGAAGAAGGCAUCGAAACGGACGAAGACAUCGAGCCGGACGCGGAGGAAACCGGGGACGAAACGGGCGGCGAGGCGGGAGCGGAAGACACGAGCGAGGAAGACAUCACGGUGCCGACCAUUAUUGCGGACCCAGGCCGUGCGACCUACCAGGAGAACAAGUGGCUCGAGGCCAUGUCAGAAGGCAAGGACGCCGUCGUGUCUCAGCGUUUCGCACAGAUCAAUCGAUACUUCAACGGCAAGUGCUGCGACGACGAGAUCCUGUACCGCGCGGAGAUCUCGAGGAAGCAGUUGCGCGAGGUGCUGCAUCAUUACGAUGAAUACCUCCAGAUAUUUCUGCACCCGUCAUGAUAUUGACGGUCGAGCGAAUCCCGCGCUGACAUAUGAGUCAGGACAUCCGACCCUUCCUUGUUAACUUGGCCGAAAGUACAUGACUUCACCGGCCUUGUAGAUUUUGAAGCGUAAAAUAUGAUUAAGUAUUCGUCAUUGUGUUCUGCAGGCGGAGCUAAGUACCAAUGUCUAGAUGAGGAGCACUCGUUCUGGGCGGUCUUUUCCCAAACCUUAUACUUCAUAGG